AUGGCGGGUGCGUGUAAUGGGAGGAUGCGGAGGGUUUGGCUCAGGCGUUGUGUGCUGUCUGAGUUCACAGAGAGCACCGAGACUCGAGCUCUCAUCAGCAGCCUACCAGACAGUCAUCACGACACGGUCAGCAGAGAGGCCACCAUCGAGAAGUUUUGUGGGUAAGAAUAUGUCUUUAUCAUGGAUCGCUACCAGGAGCAGCCACAUCUACUGGACCCUCAUCUAGAGUGGAUGCUAAACAUGCUUUUGGAGAUGAUCCGCAGUGAGAAGUCGCCACCUCUUCUGGUCCAUCUCUGUUUUAAAUUCCUUUACAUCAUCUCAAAGGUCAGAGGCUACAAAAUCUUCAUGCAGCUUUUCCCUCAUGAAGUGUCAGAUGUUCAGCCAGUUCUGGACCUUUUAUGCAGACAGGACCAAAAAGACACUGAGACGUGGGAAACGCGCUACAUACUCCUCCUCUGGCUGUCUAUGACAUGUCUUAUUCCCUUGGACUUGUCUCGUCUGGAUGGCCAUCUGUCCACUGUCCCGGGGACAAACAGAGAGCCCAUCAUGGAUCGUAUUCUGGAGGUUGCCAAGUCCUUUCUUAGAGUCAGUGACAAAUCUCGAGACGCUGCAUCAGUGCUGGUAUCAAAGUUGUGGACCCGUCCAGAUGUGAAGCAGAAGCGUCUGGGUGAUUUUCUGGACUGGUGUUUGACCACCAUUUCUCAGAGCAGUGAGAUGACCAUGGAGGGGACUGUGAUCCUUGAUGGAGCUCUACAAUCUCUGGCCCAGCUCUUCAAACAUGGGAAACGGGAUGACUUUCUCCAGUAUGCCCCCACAGUUCUGCAGUGCCUGAACCAGAAGAAAAUAGCUGAAAGUAACCAGGCCACAUUGCGUAAACUUGGAGUAAAAGUUGUCCAGAGACUUGGCUUAACUUUUCUGAAACCACGUUUGGCCAAAUGGAGGUACCAGAGAGGAAGUCGGUCACUUGCUGUUAACCUGGCCCAGUCUUCUGUCACUGAAAGUGUAGAGGCUACAAAACCUGAUCUAGAGUCUGUGAGCCAAGAUGAAGACUAUGACAUACCUCAGGAGGUCGAGACUGUCAUUGAACAACUGUUGUUAGGACUGAAAGACAAAGAGACAAUAGUUCGAUGGUCUUCUGCCAAAGGGAUUGGAAGGGUUACUGGUAGACUGCCUAAAGAGCUUGCUGAUGACGUGGUUGAAUCUGUUUUAGAGUGUUUCAGUUUUCAGGAAACAGAUAAUGCCUGGCAUGGGGGCUGCCUGGCUCUGGCAGAGCUAGGCCGAAGAGGACUCCUGCUUCCUUCACGUCUGUCAGAUGUGGUGCCUCUGAUUCUGAAAGCUCUGACAUAUGAUGAGAAAAGGGGAGCGUGCAGCUUGGGAUCGAAUGUGCGAGAUGCAGGCUGCUACGUGUGCUGGGCUUUCGCUCGUGCCUAUGACCCAACUGAACUAAAGCCUUAUGUCAACCAGAUUGCCAGUUCACUGGUCAUCGCAACAGUGUUUGACAGGAACGUCACCUGCAGAAAGGCUGCCUCUGCUGCUUUCCAAGAGAAUGUGGGCAGACAGGGCACUUUCCCUCACGGCAUAGACAUUCUCACAGCAGCAGACUACUUCACGGUCGGUAACCUAAAUAACUGCUACUUGACUAUCAGUGUGUACAUUGCUGGUUUUGAGGAAUACACCAAACCCUUAAUUGACCACUUGGUGGCUAUGAAAGUCAAUCACUGGGAUGGGGUGAUCAGAGAGCUUGCCACGAAAGCAUUGCACAAUCUAACAAUCCAGGCCCCUGAAUACAUGGCCAACACUGUUUUACCCCAGCUGCUGCCCAUGGCCACAGGGAUGGAUUUGCACAGCCGUCAUGGUGCGAUUUUGGCCUGCGCUGAGAUCACUCAUGCUCUCUAUAAGCUCGCAGCCCAAAACAACAGGUCAGUGACUGACCUCAUGUCCUCUGACACUAUCCAAGGCCUUAAAGAUAUUCAUCAGAAGCUCUCUGACAGAAAGCAGUACAGGGGAUUUGGUGGAGAGCUUAUGAGACCAGCUGUGUGUAGCCUCAUUGAAAAGCUCUCACUCUCUAAGAUGCCUUUCAAAGAUGAGCCAGUUAUCACUGGUUGGCAGUGGCUGAUUGAUGACAGCUUGAAGAACCUUCACCUGUUCUCCAGCGGAGUCAGACGGGCCAUUCAGGAUGCCGCAGUCUCGGCAUUGGCAGCGUUGUGUUGGCAGUAUUAUCAGGUUGAACCUGGAGUAGCGGACGUGAAAAUGCAAGAAGAGCUGGUCAGUCAGUACCUCUCAGCCCUGCAAAGUCCAGAGGUUUUGACGCGCUGUGGCUGUGCUCUCGCCCUCGGUUCACUGCCUCCGUUCAUGAUCCACGGCAAACUACAGCAGAUCCUGUCUGGGCUCCAAGCGGCAUGUAGGGUUGCUCAGAAAGGGGAGAGUCUAACAGAAGCCAGGAGGGAUGCUGCCACAUCCAUGUCUCAGGUGUGUGUGGCUGUAGGAGUGUGUGCCCAAGGCAGGCCGGACCAAGUCUUGUGUGAGGACAAUAUAAGACUUGUGUAUGAAGCCUUGCUGGGCUGUAUGAACGACUACAGCACGGACAGCAGAGGAGACGUGGGAGCCUGGGUGCGAGCGGCAGCGAUGAGCAGCCUCAUGGACGUGACCCUGCUGGUGGUGGCAUCUGCUCCAGAGCUGCUCUCCUCUGACCUUGUCCUGCGCAUGAUGUGUUGCCUGGCCCAGCAGGCUGCAGAGAAGAUCGACCGCUACCGGGCCCAUGCUGGCACCGUUUUUCUGCGUCUGCUCCAUAGCACAGAUCCUGCAGUACCUCACAUUCCCCACCGCGAGGAGCUACUGAGCAUCUUUCCUCCAGAGACUGGAAACUCCCUGAACUGGAACGCAGCAUCGCAGGCCUUCCCUCACAUCACACAGCUGCUGCGCCUUCCUCAGUACCAGUACCACACGCUUCUGGGUCUCUGCGUGUCUGUGGGAGGCCUCACCGAAUCUACAGUGCGUUUUUCCUCUCAGUCUUUAUUCGAGUACCUGAAGGGCAUCCAGCAGGACUUCACAGUGCUUCAACAGUUUGGAGACACAUUGUUACGCAUCUUCAGAGAUAAUCUGCGCAACGACAGGGUUUCUGUACCUUUACUGAAGAUGGUGGACCAAAUCCUUGCUAACGGCUGCUUUGACCUCUUCACUAGAGAGGAGAGUCAUCCAUUUUGCGUAGAGCUGCUGUCGCUCUGUAAGGAGGAAAUCAAGAAGUCCAAAGAUGUCCAGAAGCUGUUGUCAUGUAUAGCAGUGUUCUGUGGACUGGUGCAGUUUCCUGGUGAUGUCAGAAAGAAAGUCUUAGUUCAGCUGUUGAUGUUGCUCUGUCACCCCUUCCCUUUGAUCAGAAAGACGACUGCCAGUCAGGUGUACGAGAUGCUCUUGACCUAUGAUGAUGUCAUCGAUGAUGAACAAGUGCUCGCUGAUGUUAUGGCCUCGCUUAGUGACACGAAUUGGGAAAGUGACAUCGCUACAGUGCGGAGUCACAGGAAUCAGCUCUGUGAUUGGUUGGGGGUGCCGAAGCCCACUCUUGUAGCCAAGACUUCCUCUCAAUAGUUCAAUGGUACACCAUCACCCGGAGAGAUGCAUGUGGCUCUGCAUUUGCAGUGGACAUUAGGAAUCGUUUGUAUGUUCUCCUGCCAGAUGAUAUUGUCCAUCUAAUGAUCUAUGAUCUGUCAUCAUUAAAUUCUUAAGUAAAAUGCCUUUGAGUUCAGAACCUAAUUCUUUAAAUCAGAAGUCACCAAUCUCUGUCCUGGAGGGCCGGUGUCCCUGCAGAGUACCCUCAACACACCUGCCUGGAAGUUUCAAGUAUACCUGGUAAGACCUUGAUUAGCUUGUUCAGGUGUUUGUUUAGGAUUGGAGCUAAACUAUCCAGGAUACCGGUGUCCUGACAUUUUAUCCUACCCAUCGGAUUAUGCUACCAGCACUGUAUUUGAAUAGUUCUGAGGUUGGGGUUAGGGGUUAGGGGUUAAGUAGUUAGGGAGAUAUUACAGCUUCAUAUCACACUACUCCACAUUAAAAUUUACACUGGUAGCAAAAUCUGAUGGGUAGCAUAAUGCGUCAUCAAAAUGCAGACAGAACAUCGGCCCUCCAAAAACAAGUUUGGUGAAGAUUUUUUUCCUGGACCUAGCACCAGGGUUGGAUCUAAACUAGAAGGCUAAUCCAGUUGCAGAGCAAAUAUCAUAAAUUACCAGUAUUGUUUGUAGACUAUUUCUUGCAUACGGGUCAUAGUGUGAGGUAAAGAAUACAUUUUAGGUGCCAGAUCUAAACCCAGAGCUGCCUUAUCCAUAUCCAACCCAAAUUUGAGGAAGUACCCACCCAGAAAUGAGUAUGCUGUCAGUGAUGUGUCAUGAUUCUUUAGAAGUUGGGCUUUUCAAUAAAGCUUUUGAAACCUUCACAA